UGUGGGUGAGAUGGAAGGAGGCUGCAUCUUGGCAGGCAGGAAGUGAGUGGGAAAGAAGAAAGAUCUGCCUGACUGUGAGCACUAGAUUGCUGUCUGCCUGCUGAAUUGCCCACAAAUAUGUCCUUCUCUUUGACUUUUUGAAUGCUUUCAUUUGCCAUACAGAAGACUGGGCUAGAAAACUCUUUCAGCUGUCUUCAUGCCUUUCCACAAACUUUUCUCUUUAGUGCUGCCAACAAAAAGGCUUUGGGUACCUGGACUGAAUCCCCAGUUUAUUUUUGUCCUGUAUUUUCUCACAGUGUGCUGUCUUCCAUGUUCAUUUGUUAAAUUUCCCCCUAACUCAGACAGUAAAAUGAAAUCUGCACCUUUUGUUCAUUUGUUAAAGAAAAGAUCUACACAUUUUCUGCGGCAUGGAUUUGCAGUAUGUGAGCUUCCUCUUUAUGAAAUAUGUUCCCAAAAUGUAUCAAGAGUCCAGUGUUCAGUAUUAGGAUGUUGCUUCCAUAAACAAAUUUGCUACAGGAAAGCGGUGCCAUCAUACAUGCAAGUGUUCAUCAUCUUGAUACUACUCAUCAUGGGAUCCUUCAUUUUAUUUGUAUUCCACAGCUUCUUGGUAGAGAAAAGGAGAAGAAAGAACAUGAGUCAACAGAAAAAUACCCCAGAACUGUAUCCCACUGCUACUGAUUUUAAUGAAGAAGACAAAGAGCAACUACAUGAAAAAAAAAUUAGCUCUGCUGAUUCAAAAAGUGAAAGUCAAAAUGCUGGUGAAGAUGAAUGAAAGAUGGUACUGGAAGAACUGGAAUAAGAAAAAAAAGAUCCAGUGGUAAUAUGGAGUUGUGGUAUUGUACAUUCCUCCAUUUUGCACAGUGCAUCUUAUUGUAUAACACUCACUAGAGCUCUCCUAAAAUAUU